AUGAGGAUUCAUUUGCUAACUAAUACUUUUAUCUGGUUGUAUGCAGUAUUCGGAAAUUUGAUUUCUCAUAUCUUGGACCGUGCAGAACCUCUCCUCUCCUCCAGUCUGUCCUUGGAAGUCAUAACAGUUUUUCAGUAUUACAGCUAUUUAGCUAAUAAAAAUGUUAGUGAUCUGGCAAACUAUUUGCUUCAGCUUGCAAGAGAAGCUUUAAUGGCACAAACUCUACAGUCUUUAAGAGAUGAAAAGUUCUUGCAGAAUAAGGCCUAUUUAACCUCCAUUAGUCUCUCACCUGAACAAGAAGUGCUGAAAUCUUUGGCGGUCCUUCUGACUGAAAAUAAAAGGGAAACCUAUGAAGCUGUAGUAACAAUAUUGUCAGCUGCUGCAGCAGAAAACAAACACUUCAGGGAAAAGAUGAGAGAUAAUAAAUUGAAGGUGACUACCAAUAAAAAUAAGAUCGAAUUGCUAGAUGUCAUUGCUCAUUGCUCCAGGGAGGUGGUAGAUCAUUCAGUAGAAGAAAGUGUGAUUUUAGAUCUGGUUCCCUCUGGGUCUUUUCCAGUUGAUACGACAGCCAGAAAUGUUUUAUCAGUGGCAUCCCUGCACAUGCUGCUUUUUGCUCUCGGCAUCGGUGAGAUGCAGGCCAGGUUGCCUGAAGUGAAUGGGAAUAUAUUCUGGAGCAUGGCCAACCCUCUCCUGUAG